AUGUUGUGGCAGCCUCUCCAGCGUCGGCUCCUUCUUGCCCGGGCGCAUCGCGAGGCUGUCCGGCCUGUUCGGUAUGCCCGAUGUCGGCUGAACCUAUCGUUCGUCAGCCAGACACGCAUGCUCUCUAGUUCUUCCAACAGCUUUCCAACCUCUUCGCAAUUUAACCGGUCAGAUUUUACAACUCAGCCAUUCACCAGUAGCUAUGAGACUGGAUUACCGACAACGGGACCCCUAGGCUCCACACCAGCCUUUGGCGCCCCAAGGAUUACGCCCAAGGUGCUGAAGCAAUACCUAGAUCAAUAUGUCGUGGGACAGGAUCGUGCGAAGAAGGUUUUGAGCGUCGCAGUCUAUAAUCACUAUCAGCGAGUACAGGAGAUCCAGCGUCGCGAGGAUGAAGCGGAAGAGCUCCUAGCGAAACGGCAGCGGAGAGAGGCAUUGGAGAGUCAUCCCUUGGAAGAUGAGUUUCCCGGACAGCAACGCACCGUUGGCCUCCCAACGGCCACAAAACCCCGCCAGAAUAGCCUGCUGGAUCAUGGCGAACUGGUCGACACAUCCCCGCUACAACUCGACAAAUCAAAUAUCCUGCUCUUGGGGCCAUCCGGUGUAGGCAAGACGCUCAUGGCGAAAACACUUGCCCGCGUUCUAUCCGUUCCAUUUAGCAUCUCGGACUGCACACCUUUCACGCAAGCCGGUUACAUUGGAGAAGAUGCUGAAACAUGCGUCCACCGACUUCUAGCGGCCGCAAAUUAUGACGUUGAGCAGGCGGAGCGAGGUAUAAUUGUGCUUGACGAGGUGGACAAGAUCGCGGCGGCCAAAGUGAGUCAUGGCAAGGAUGUUGGCGGCGAGGGAGUCCAACAAGCUCUCCUCAAGAUCAUCGAGGGAACCACCGUGCAAGUGCAGGCCAAGCCGGAGAAGAACCCUCGAUCAACCAGUCCUCCAAACUCCUACCCAUCAAAUAGUCCGCUGGGUACUACUCCUUUCCAACCGCAUAACAAUACUCCCGCGGCGAAGGGAGAAGUCUACAAUGUGCGCACGGACAACAUCCUGUUCGUGUUCUCGGGCGCAUUCGUGGGGCUACACAAAGUAGUCAUGGACCGAAUCUCGCGUGGCUCGAUGGGAUUCGGCCAACCAGUUCGGGGAUCAUCGACCUUGGGUGGCCUACCGGGUAAAUCUGAUGCGUCACCUGAAGAGCCACAGCCAAUCUUACCAGGAUCCGAAGAAGAAGCGCUAUACAAGAAACACCUGCCUUUCUUCACCUCGAUAUCUCCAACCACACAAAGCAGCGACCCAACAUAUUUCAAUGCCCUCGACCUUCUGACUCCAGCAGACCUGCAAAGUUACGGGUUCAUCCCAGAAUUGAUUGGCAGGAUUCCCGUCACCGCUGCCCUGUCGACACUAACACAGCCCUUGCUUCUACGCAUUCUCACCGAACCCCGCAAUUCCCUACUAGCCCAAUACACAACCCUCUUCUCGCUCUCGGGCAUCGAGCUGCGCUUUACAACGCCAGCGUUACAUAAGACCGCAGCCAAUGCCUUCAAGAUGGGCACGGGGGCACGUGCCCUACGCACCGAGAUGGAGACCAUCCUCAGCGACGCCAUGUUCGAAGCCCCAGGGUCCAGCAUCAAAUUCAUUCUGGUAACUGAAGCCGUGGCCGACCGCCAAGAACAGCCGAUAUAUCUCGCUCGCGGUCAGGGGGGUAAAUUCCACGCUAUGAUCUCUGCGGAGGAGAGCGAAUGGGAGGAGAAGAUGCGACCCGAUAAGAAGAGCGAGAAGAAACCAAAGGCGCAGCCUGAUGUCGACAACGCCCAACACGCAUCGAACUUCCAGGAAUACCGGAAGCGAGCAAUUGGUUAG